GGCUCCGCGCGGCCGCCGUAGGGCGGGCGGAGUACGGUGGCCGCGGGGCGGCGGCGACAGGCUCGGCCUGCCGGCGCGGGGCCGCCAUGGGCAACCUGUUCGGCCGCAAGAAGCAGAGCCGAGUCACCGAACAGGACAGGGCCAUCCUGCAACUGAAGCAGCAGAGGGACAAGCUGAGGCAGUACCAGAAGAGAGUCACGCAACAGCUGGAGAGGGAGAGGGCUCUGGCCAGGCAGCUGCUGCGGGAUGGCAGGAAAGAACGGGCCAAGCUGCUGCUCAAGAAGAAGAGGUACCGUGAGCAACUGCUCGAUAGGACAGAAAACCAGAUCAGCAGCCUGGAAGCCAUGGUUCAGAGCAUCGAGUUCACACAGAUCGAGAUGAAGGUGAUGGAAGGGCUUCAGGUGGGGAACGAAUGUCUGAAUAAGAUGCACCAGGUGAUGUCCAUAGAAGAGGUGGAGAGGAUCCUGGACGAGACCCAGGAGGCAGUGGAGUACCAGCGGCAAAUUGAUGAGCUGCUGGCAGGAAGCUUCACCCAGGAGGAUGAGGACGCCAUCCUGGAAGAGCUGAAUGCAAUCACUCAGGAACAAAUGGAGUUACCAGAGGUUCCGUCGGAGCCCCUCCCUGACAGAAACCCAGAAGCCCCUGCCAAGGCCAGAUCCAGGCAGGCAGAGCUGGUGGCGGCUUCAUAACCUGGCCUCUCCAGGGACUCAUAGGGAUUCUCUGAGGACUGGCCCACAGAGCCUUUGGCUGCAAGUCAACCCUGAGGGCUCCCAGGAGGCCUGGAGGCCUGGACUGGCCAGUGCAGGUGCUGAUGGCUGGAGCAGCAGCUUACACGGGAGCUGAUGUCAGGGCGCCUCACUGUGCCCUUCACAGUUCAGUCUGGCUGCACCUUUGUCUCUUUCUUCGUCUGGACUAAGUGGACCCUCGACCAGCCAGGCUCAGCUUCAGGCAGCUGUGGACCCACCCCACGGUGGCCGCAGCCUACUACUCCUGGUGCUGUUCUCAUGUUGACCCAGCCCAUGUGACCUCGGGGGUCCCUGUGCUCCCUUCUCUUGUCUCUGCUGCUCAUGUGAGCUGGUGGGGCUCCAGUUGAGCAGUUCUCACCUUGCCUGGCAUCCUGAUAUCCCUCAGUUACCCUGCAAGCUAGUGGCAGAAACCCCAGGAUACUGGCAUUCUCCAAAUCUCUUGGAGCAUCUUUGGCACCUCAGACUUGAGCCUCUUAUGUUGGGGGAGGAGGACCAGGGCCAUCCUGCUGAAGGGACAAGUCUAGGAGCCUGACUUGGGGGUCUGUUCACAAAAGAAAGACAUGUUGAAGGUGGUAACAAGGCCCUGUUUUAAUGGGCAUGUACCCCAUGGAGUCCUGGACACACUAAGCCACCAACGCCCAGAAGGCACAGAACUCAAAGUGACCGCCAGAGCCCUAUGCUUGUUUGAUUACAGACAAUCUCUGGCCCUCGUGUCUGUGAGGAACAAAGGGUCUUAUGUACCCUUAGGGCCUACCAGGAAAGGAGGGCAUCUCUUCCUUACCCAAACUGGUCAACCUCAGUAUUAAAGUUGACCCCUGCAUGGUCUUUGGCCUCUUGGA